AUGCAGCUGGUCAAUGAGAAGGCUGAGCUGGAGAAGCAGCAGAGACGGGCUGAAAAAGCCAAAGACGGCGAAAAGAUGGACGAUGACACAGACUCCCAAUUUUCGAUGUACUCCAGCGAAUCGACGCCCUCACUGCUGCAGGACUCUCAGCAGGACUCGCCCUCAGCAGAGAGUGCCCUCCUCUCAGUUGGCCAGUCGGUGAUGGAUGUCUUCAGCAGCAAGCCACUAGCAAACAAAAAAGCCAAAAUGAGCAGCACUGGUGGCACUUCUAUUGGGUCUUUGGGCAAUGGCGGCGGCGGGGGCAGCAGCAACAGCAACGAUUCGCUGGACUUUGCCAGCAAGCAGCUGCUGAAUGAGGCGCUGAUCGAUGAGGGCCUGCGAAUGGCCAAGGAGAUGGGCCAUGCACUCUCCGAUGAGAACAUCGACUUGCGUCUCUUCAACAAGUACACCGAGGCGCUGCGCAACUCAAACUGCUUCGCCAGUCUACUUCCCGGAGCCAUCGGAGCAGAGCAGAGCAGCACGGGCAAUGGAAGUGCCAACAAUGGAAAUGGCACUAGCAGCGGUGGCGGCGGAAAUAUCGUUGGCAGCAGUGUGGUCACUGGCACCAACAGCAGCAGCAGCAGCCACACUCGGGCACUCAAAGAAGGUGGCCACAGACCACGAGGACGACCGCCGAAGAACGCAGCCGCCGUGUCCGCAGAACGGUGUGCCCCCGAUCUGCAGAGCACCUUCUACGAGCAAAUCUUCUCACAGGCGCAACUUCAACAGCAGAUGAUUGCCAACUACCAGACACAGGCGCUGCAGGCGGCACUCGCCUUUGAUUUCGCCGGCCUCGCCGGUGCUGGACCUAAUCCGUUUGCUGGGGGAAAUGGCGGUGAUGGGAAUAACAACAACAACGGCAGCAGCAGCAACAACAACAGUGACAAGAUGGAUGCAGUCGCCUCAGCCCACCUGACCGACUUUACGAUGCACCUCAGCGAGGGAAAGCACUUUGGUGAUGGGGGUGGUGGUGGUGGUGGGGCUGGUAGUGGUAACGGUGGUGGUGACGGGAGCAAAGACUGCGAUGCUGCGGCGGCGGCUGCAGCCGUUGAGCUGCUCAACGGCUGCGACAAGGACGAGGUGGCACAGAGCUUGAAUGCGCUCAUCUCCAUUGCCAAUGCGGCCAGUGCCAGCGAGGUCAUCAAGCACGAACUAAGUCUGCCUUCGGUGGACUUUAAGAUUGCUUAA